AUGGAGGCCACCGGUGGCGAUGAGCUGGAGGCCGUGAAGAAGUACUUCAACACCAGCGGCUUUGAGCGGUGGAACAAGAUCUAUGGAGAGACCGAUGAGGUGAACAAGGUGCAGCUGGACAUCCGCCAGGGCCACGCGCAGACGGUGGACAAGGUGCUCAAGUGGUUUGACGAGGAGGGCGGCCUGCAGGGCGCGUCGGUGGCGGACUGCGGCUGCGGCACGGGCAGCCUGGCGAUCCCCCUCGCGCUGCGCGGCGCCAACGUGAGCGCGAGCGACAUCAGCAGCAGCAUGGCGUCGGAGGCGGCGCGGCGGUACGAGGCGGCGAAGGGCGCCGAGCCCAAGGGCAACGCUGUCUUUGAGGCCAAGGACCUCGAGUCUGUCACCGGGCGGUACGACACCGUCACCUGCAUUGAUGUGAUGAUCCACUACCCGCAGGACAAGGCUGACGCCAUGAUCUCCCACCUGGCCUCCCUUUCGGACCGCCGCCUUGUGGUGUCGUUUGCGCCCAAGACACCCUACUACUCCGUUCUCAAGCGCAUUGGGGAGCUCUUCCCGGGCCCCUCCAAGGCCACGCGCGCAUACCUCCACGCUGAGGAGGAUGUUGAGGCGGCGCUCAACCGCGCGGGCUUCAAGGUGACCAAGAGGGAGAUGACCGCCACCUCGUUCUACUUCAGCCGCCUGCUGGAGGCCGUCCGCAGCUGA